CAGUUCACAUAAUUUACACCAACCGAAGAGUCAGGUAGACUUCUCUAUAGUUUUUAAUCUGAAAGGAUUGUUUCUCGGGCAAUAGCAAGAAUGCGCCCCGUGCUGUUUUUUCUCCUUGGAGCUCAUCUUGCUUAUGCUGGAACACACUCUCUGAGAUACUUCUACACUGGUGUGUCUGGAGACAUUGACUUCCCAGAGUUCACUUCAGUUGGUCUGGUAGAUGAUGAGCAGUUUACGUACUUUGACAGCAACAUAAUGAAAACUGUGCCAAAGACAGAGUGGAUCAGACAGAAUGAGGGAGCAGAUUACUGGGACAGAGAGACUCAGAUUGGUAUUGACAACCAUCAGAGCUUCAAAGUCCACAUCCAGACCCUGAAGGGACGCUUCAACCAGUCAGCAGGUAAGUUAGUAACAAACCCACCUACACACACAGACAAAGCCAUUACUUUUACUUGCCAGUGA